CUCGGGAUCCCACUUCUCGAACACAAGCGGGCUAGCGACCCACCACACCCGAAUCACAAAUACGCCUGGGAUACCAUCAAUCUGAUGUGCAUGGGAAUCCAUCGAGGAGCCUACGAGCCCAUGAACGCGUCUCCCUCGCAAGUCAGCGUUGGAGCGCCGAGCCCACUGCGCGGACACGGAGACCCCAACAUCAGCCAAUCCAUCCGAGUGGAGAGUUACAAUACCUUCUCCAGUAUCAAUUUCAACUACAAAGGUAAGAGCUGCCACCAUUGCAACAAGACUUGUUGCUACUACGCCGAGCAACUCGAAAUCAUGAAACUCGGCUUCACCCGCAGCUCAGCCAUCCAAGCCGCCGUGGCCAAAGCCCGAGCGCACGAGCAGGAAUUGCGAAAGGCGUUUCCUAGUGGAGUGGAAAAGUAUGAUGCUCAUAUCAAGUGUUCGGACUGUGGAGUGGUCUGUUGUCACGAGCAUGGAGUCGUUUGCAAGACACUGAAUUGUCGCACUGCGCUUUGCAGCGCGUGUGCUGAAGACUUAGGUGGCAAAUGCAGAAAACAUCGAGAUGUUCUUGCGGAGGCUAUCAAGGACCAUGGAGUCAAAACUGAUAGUUUGGUGAGAACUCUUCAGGAGAGAAUUGAUGAUCGAUCGGUUGACGAGUUGAUCGAUUUGUUGUGAAGGAGAGUAAGAAUGGGUUGAGUGAGUGAGAAUGAGAACGUGAGCAGUGUAUCAGAGUAUGUGCUCAGAGAAAAAGAACGAGAAAGAAAAGAAAAACAAGUUGUUUUGAUGAGGUCCUCGCUGGAAGGGGAUCGAGGAAAAUACGGCGUUGACAGACUGACGUGGGAUUCUGCUGUCAGACAUGAAAUCAGAAUGAGAAC